AUGAAGCAAGCUCAUAAGUUGAGUGAGGUAAACAGUCCUAACAAUAAACUCAUUAAUAUUCUAUUAUAGAAAUAAAAGAGUCCUUCAUAAUAUUCAAUUCAGAGUCCACCAGUCUCCCCAACUUAAGCUCAUUUACCAAAAGGUUAAUACCAAAGCAAGAACACAUCAAUUGAUUUGUCUAAAUUGGCCACAUUAAUGAAGUAAUAGAAAGUGAAGUCCCCUUUGGAAGGAUAGAAAGAUUCAAUGACUUAGCUUAUAGAAAAAGCUCGAGCUAUUGUGAUAUCAGCAAAGACACCAACAGGGCCAAUACAUAUUCGGAAUGACUCAGCUAAGGUUCGGAAGGAGAACAAAGUACCAGAAGUUGUAAGUCCAAAGGUUUCAGAUACAAAAUAGAUUGGGAAAGCUUUAUUUACAUUUGAAUAUGUAAUUGGAAUUGGUGGAUUUGGGAAAGUUUGGAAAGUAAGAAGAAUUGGAUAGUUAUAUGCAAUGAAAGAAAUGUCUAAAGCUUUAGUGAUAACUAAGAAGAGUGUGAACUCAGUGAUGAAUGAGCGUAUAUUACUCAGUCAACUCAAACACACAUUCUUAAUCAAUAUGAAUUAUGCGUUUCAAGAUAGAGAAAACUUAUAUUUAGUAAUGGAUUAUAUGUGUGGAGGUGAUUUACGAUUUCACAUUGGCAGAAUGAGACGAUUUAAUGAGGAACAGACUAGUAUUAGUAUUCAAUGAUAAUAAGAGUUUUUUGUGGCCUCUAUAUUUAUUGGUCUUGAGUAUCUACAUUCUAAUAAUAUCAUACACAGAGAUAUCAAACCAGAGAAUCUGGUACUUGAUGAAAAGGGUUUUGUUCAUAUUACUGAUUUAGGUAUUGCUCGUGUAAUGAAGCCUGAAAAUUCAAGCGAUACUAGUGGUACUCCUGGUUAUAUGGGUAAGUUGUAUUAUUUAAUAGUUAAUUAGCCCCUGAAGUGAUGUGUAGAUAGAAUCAUACUUAUGCAGUAGAUUACUAUGCUUUAGGUGUAAUUGCAUAUGAAUUUAUGUUAGGCAGAGUAUAAAAUUUGAUUUAUUCUAAUAGAGACCAUAUGUUGGUAGAUCCAGACAGGAGAUUCGUGAUCAUAUACUGUCUAGAUAAGUAUAGAUUAAAUCAAGUGAAGUGCCUCCUAAUUGGAGUGCAGAGGCUGUUGAUUUUGUGAAUCGAUUAAUACAAAGAAAACCAUUAAAUCGACUUGGAAAUAAUGGAAGUUAUGAAAUCAAAUUGCAUCCAUGGUUUAAGAAUUUCCCAUGGUCAAAAUUAUAAAACAGAGAAAUUAUUGCACCAUUCAUUCCAAAUCCGAGUGAUGAUAAUUUUGAUUAACGUCAAAUAGUGAUUGAGGAUAAAGAGAAUGCUGAAUUAAUCAGUUAAAAUAUACAAUUGUUAAGAGAUCCCAAUGUUUAACAACAGUUUGUUGAUUAUGAAUAUCAGAUGCAUAAUAAUGAGAAGUCCUUAGUCUUUGAUUAAUAAAAAUAAUGAAGCUAUCACUCACAUUAUUUACACUUCUAAUAUCUAUUUAUUGUGCCGUACAUAGAGAAUAUUAUGAUAUUUUGGGAGUCUCUCCAAAUGCUUCAGUUUAAGACAUCAAAAAGGCCUAUCGUAAACUAUCAUAAUAAUACCAUCCCGAUAGAAAUUAAGGUGAUCCAGAUGCAAAUGAAAAAUUCUCUAAAAUCAACGUGGGUAAAUAAAAUCAUAUAAAUUUAGCAUAUGAGGUACUAUCAGACCCAGAAUAGAGAAAAAAAUAUGAUAAAGGAGGAGUUGAUGGUCUAAAUAAUUAGGGAAUGUAACAUCAUGAUCCAUUUGAUAUUUUCGGAUCAUUUUUUGGAAGAGAAUAAUAAGGAGAACGUAAGGGACCAGAAUUGAAGGUGAAAGUUAGAGUUACUUUGGAAGACAUUUAUAAUGGAAAAGAGAUACCUAUUUAUUUAACUAAAUAAAUAUUAUGUCCACAUUGCAGAGGAUCAGGAGCAGAUGAUCCAGAUUUAGUAGAAACAUGUCCAGCUUGUAAAGGUGUUGGUAGUGUUUAGAAAAGAUAAUAAGUUGGUUUUGGAUGUAAUGUUAUUUAUUGAGAAUUUAAGUUUUUUAAACAUUCCAGGCCACGUGUGAAAGAUGUUAUGGAACAGGAAAGAUCAUUUAAAAAAAAUGCCAUCUUUGUAAAGGUGAUAAGGUAAUACAAUAUUAAUAAUUCUUAGAUAAUUCCUGGAGCUGAUAAUAUUAGUUUGUAUAUAGAAAAAGGAAUAUAAGACAAAUAAACUAUAGUAAUAUAAUAGAUAUAUAUAUUAUAGAAAUAUGAGAAUAUGGCUGAUGAACGAAAUGAUUCUGGUACUUCUGAUCUAAUAUUUUAAAUUGAAUAAAUACCUCAUACAUUCUUUUAAAGAUAAGGAAAUGAUUUAAAAUGCAAAGUCGAAAUUACUUUGAAAGAAGCUUUACUUGGUUUUAAGAAGAAGAUUAAACAUCUUGAUAAUCAUUUUGUAAGAAUUGAUAAAGAUGGUAUUACAAAACCAGGAGAAGUGUAAAUUAUAAAAGGAGAAGGAAUGCCAUAACAUGAAUUUUCAUCUUAACAUGGAGAUUUAUAUGUAGAAUAUAAAGUGGUAAUUCCUAAUUUCAAUGGAGAAUAACUUAGAUGUAAAUAUAAAGUAUUAUCAAAUAGAAUGGUAAAAAUUCUUUUAAUGA